AUGCUACUAUCCAGCACGUCCCAACCUCAAGUCUUCCACAGCAUCCUUACACGAAAACCCAUUUCUCACCUCCACAAAUAUCGCACGUGUCUUGCUCCACCACAAAGUCAUUCCCGGAUGACAAAUUGUCCGACAUCAACCUCGAGGAGUGCUGAUAUUCGAGAGCUUAAUCAACGCAUUGCUGAUCUUUACGACCAGUCAUUUGUUACCUGGGAGGAUACAUGGGGAGACCACAUGCAUCACAGUUUCUACGACCCGGAUGAAAUAGUUUUCGGGUCGGAUACGGAUCACCGGGCUUCCCAGAUUCGAAUGGUACAAGAGGCCCUCGGUUUUGCUGGUUCCCUUUAA